AUGCUACGCCUAAUUCAUGUGCUCUUGUUCAUCUUUACCUUAUCUGUAGUCAUCAUCCGUACAACCCGUGGCUUAUCAAUCGCUGUUGAUGACUCCGAUUUUAAUCCAUUUUCUAAUAGUGAAUUUCACGAACCUGGUCCGGAAUCUGAAGAGGUUCAAUCUUACUUUGACGCGGACUCUAAUUCAAGAAAUUCACCUGAAAAUUCAACACUCGAUUCCUCAAAAUUUAAUCCUCUCGAAUUCAAACCGCACCUUGAUCAUCUGGUAGAAACCUCGAACAUGUUUGGCUUCGGUGGGGUGAAUCAUAGAGAAUACAAGGUCCUAAUGCUUUUUAAAGAAAAGGGAAUCAGUUAUAUAUUCAAGGAGGAUUCGACCGAAAAACGUCCAGCAGCUACCGUUGACGAUGUUCGAAAAUCUGUUAACGCUCUGGAACGACUUGUCACGGCGGCUGAUUCAUAUCGAGACCUAAUGAACAGGUUAAGCAAAGCCUCUAAAGUUUUUAGCAUCGCUUUAAAAGAAUAUGGGAGUUGCAAAGGCCUAGAAAAUAAACACGUUAUAUGCAUGCAGACUACUUCUCAAUUUUAUGAUUGUCAAGCUGAUGUGUUGUCAAAACUCAACAAAGCGUUGCAAAAGGACUUUGAAGUUCUACAAAAAUUCUGGGACAAAUAUUCUAAAAAAGUGACGAAGGACGAAAGAGAUCAUAAUGGUCAUGUAAAAGAUCUGGAUAAGCAAGUCAAAAAGAUUGGCAAGGAAUAUGAAAAGAAAUCAAAGAAAGAUCCAACAGUUUCGCUAGACUCUCACAACAAUUAUCUAAGGUCGAUAUCUACCGUUGGCACUGAGAUCACUCGUGCAAGGGCCGAAUAUACAGAUCAGGUCACAAAACGAGAAAGGAGAACUCACUCGGUUAUAACUCAAAUAGUUUGCAGGCUUGCGGAAGGUCAAUUCGCCUCAUUUAAUGACACACUGAAAAAAUGUGGCCCGCAUAUUGCGAAGAUGAAAGAGUGGGCACCUUUUGCUGGUGAAGAUAUGCCAUUGCCUCAAGGCUUGGAUGACUUUUUGGAAGAUCAGCCCGCAACACCUCAUUCGGAUCAAGUAUCAACAAAUUCGGAAAAUGCGCCUGAUUCUCUCGCAUCGAUAUCAGAAAAACAACUAGCCGCCAUGAAUUACUCUUCUCAAGGUCCCAAUCUACCCGAACCUACACUGCCAAUUGUCGACGAUGAUCCGGAUGGCAAUGUUCCCACAAAAUAUGUGCAAAUGCCUAGACCGAAGGUCGUCAGCCCAAUACCUACGAAACCCUUUUCACCAUCUACGAUAGUCACCCAAGUGGGUGGCACACCAGGAAUAACUCCCGUUUCUCCUGUAAAACAGUUGGCCUCUAAAUCCGCAUCAGAUCUUCUCUCGGGAUUUUCAAUUGGCGUUCACGCGGACGAUCAUCCUUUCUAUCGGGAGAAGGAGGUGGAGGUGAAAGCAACCGAGUUGUACACGGAAAACCGGGUGGUGAAGGCGGUGAGCAAGCCCAGUGCGGUGAAGACUAAAAUCGAAGAGAAACCUAACAUCCAGACAUCCAAAGUGACGAAAAAUAGACAAAAGGAAGAUGCGCCAAACGAGGAUGCGAAGAAUAUUCCACCACCAGCAGUAGAUAAUAAACCAAUUCAAAUCAAGAAAAAUCUUCAAUCCGAAACACCACCGCCCAAAGAAUUUAUGAUCAGUCGCAAAGCUGUUUUGGAUGAUGGCGAUUCUACAUUGCGUAAUAAUAACUCGACACUACCAGAUGACGAAAGUAACGUCGCCGGAGGAAAUUUAAAAAUACAAGAGCCUCACGAUGCAAAGCCUGAUGAUAAUGAAAGCAACGAAAUAAAUAUUUCUAAAGAGGAGACCAAGUUAGUGUCGACUAGUGUCGACAAGGAUGAAACGAUAGGUUCACCUCAAGUUACAGAUGAUCACAAACUUCUGAUUAGCGAAACUCCCAAGGUGGAGGUAAAAGAGGUGAAAGUUGAGAAAAUAGCUGAAAUCAAGAACGCGGAAGACAUCAUUUGUGAGCUCAAAGAUGAAAAGACGAGGGUCGCCGAACUCAAGAAUGAGCAGCCAAACACACUCGAACCUCAAAACGAACAAUCGAAUCUUGAAAAACAAGAUAAUGAUCGGUCAAACAAACCUUUUAAUAAAGAUCUCCAAGAGAAAUACGCGAAGCAGGAUGACUCGGUAAGCUCUGAUAAAGAGUCGAGGACUUUCACGAGCAUUAGCACCGACUCUCUCAUGGGAUCCUUUCCCACAGAUCUGCCGAUUCGUUCGUCUCCGCUCCAGAAAGAUCAGCGCACAAUUAUCGAUUAUCCCGAAAAUGACUUGGAUCUAGACGACCGAUCGUACAGCCGCUCACCACCUCUGUCACCUCGUCCAAUCCAUGAUGACUUUCGAGAGAUAAAUUCAUACGAACGUCACUUCGAUGACCGCAGAGGAUUUCCGCCGAUAAGAAAAGAUUAUCGUGACCAUUAUCGUCAUGAUAUAGUAAGAUAUGAGGACGACAGACGCUACGAUGAUCCAAAUAGAUAUUCAAAGAGAGAAAUAGUCCAUCGCGAUUAUGAAUUCGGUUAUGAUAUGCAACCUUAUGGAAGCAGGGGAAGGUAUGACGAACCUAUUCGUAAUCCUAGUUUUGACCCACGAUAUCGCCAACGGCGAGAUCCAGAUGACGAAUACGGCGGGCAAUCAUAUUACGGUCCCCCACGUUUGUCGACCCCUUACGGUCGAGAUAGGUCACCUCCCCGAAGACACGAUCCAUAUGCUUGCCGGUCUUACACCGAUCCGUGUAGACCCGGAUCAUCCGUGGCGGACAUUCGUGAUCGAUUUCAAUCGAAUAAUGAGGAGAGGAGACCCCUAUCAUCCCCUCGAGAUUUUCCAAUUCCACGGUCGGGCCGAGUUAAUGACUUGACAUUACGGUUUGGUGGGACGAGAAACGAAUUACGCAAUGACCCGCACAACUCACCAACGUUAUCUCGAAACAUGAGAGAUUAUCAAUACAACGUUGGUGGUAACUAUCGUUUGCAGAGUAGUUACCGAGAAGAACGGUAUAUCGACAAAGAAGGGCGUUAUAACGAUGUUUCAUUACACAGUCGACAAUGUGAUUGUUAUGAUUGCCUGCAGCAAAACACCCCAAGCCCUACUAGCCCAACGAGCAUGAAGUCUCCGUCACCGUUUCGUCCUUAUCACAAUGAUUCGCAAAGGAAUUUAAGACAGGAGAAGCUUUUGUGA